AUGCCAUUCAUGGUGAGAGAUGGGAUCGUGCUGGGACAUAGGAUUUCAGAGAAGGGAAUCGAGGUCGACCGAGCGAAGAUCGAGGUGAUGAUGAGUCUACAGCCGCCUAAUUCUGUCAAGGGAAUCCGCAGCUUUCUGGGGCAUGCAGGGUUCUACAGGCGAUUCAUCAAGGACUUCUCCAAGAUCACCAGACCUUUGACGCUGCUGUUGUGUAAGGAGGUCAAGUUCGACUUUGACAGUACAUGCUUGGAGGCCUUUCACACGAUCAAGGGAGCUCUGGUGAGUGCUCCAAUUGUCCAACCUCCUGACUGGAGCCUUCCUUUCGAGGUGAUGACAGAUGCUAGUGACUAUGCUGUCGGAGCGGUUCUGGGCCAGAGAAAGGAGAAGAAGCUGCACGUGAUCUACUACGCCAGUCGCACACUUGAUGAAGCUCAGUGCAAGUACGCUACGACUGAGAAGGAACUAUUGGCGGUGGUGUUUGCAUUUGAGAAGUUUCGGUCCUAUCUUGUUGGAUCGAAGGUGAUUGUCCACACUGAUCACGCUGCAUUGAAGUACUUGCUGACGAAGAAGGAUGCGAAGCCGAGACUCUUGAGAUGGAUUCUUUUGCUUCAGGAGUUCGAUCUGGAGAUCAAGGAUAAGAAAGGGAUUGACAAUGGUGUAGCUGAUCACCUGUCAAGGAUGAAGAUCGAUGAUGACGUUCCUCUAGACGACAGCUUACCUGAUGAGCACGUCUACGCUGUUGAGGUGAUCGACUACGGCGAGCCCCUGCUCGCAGAUGAUGGAGUUCGAUCGAGUACCAGAAGAGGUCGAUCGAAUGGUGAUGACGGAGAUCGUGCUUUGAGCUGUAACGCCGUUAACCGUUCCAGUUUCCCAUGGUCUAAAGACGUUCCAGGAGAGCUUUGGUCACAUGGACCAACAGGAGGAGAAAGCAGGCAAAACGGAGCCCAAAGGAGCUCGAUCGAUCCCACAAGAUCGAUCGAUCAUCACUUGAUCACCCACUCGAUCGAUCCCUACAGCGCUACCCAGAUCGAUCACCUCCUGCUACCCACUCGAUCGAUCCCAUGCAAAGGGAGUAGCUCGAUCGAUCCCAUGCAGAGGACGAAGCUCGAUCGAUCCCGUUCUGUCUCAGCCGUUCGAUCAAUCCCGGUCAGAUGA